AUGAAGGUUCUACUUGUUGUAAUAUUUGUGGAAUUGUUUGUAGUUUUUGUCCUUUCGGAGUUGAGUUGUAGUAGCCAUGAGACUUGUGGUGCAUGCACUAGUUUCGCCGAAGAAUCCUGUGUGUGGUGUUCUCAGCCCACCAUGACCGGACAACGCUGCACGUCCAUAGCGGAUUUAACAUCUCGCAAGGUAAAAUUUAAUUGUGAAGUAAAACAUCGUGUGUAUCCUAUCAGUAAAGUCAAAGUAUCACCACCAGAUUACAUCACUAGAGAUUUUCGGGGAGGUAAAGACGCUAUUCAGUUUGUCCCGCACAAAUUGGACAUAGCCACUAGACCGGGUCUUGUUGUAAAUUUUGAUAUGCACUAUAAACCAGCGAAGGAUUUCCCAAUUGAUGUUUAUUAUUUAAUGGAUCAUUCUUACACGAUGGAAGUUCACACGAAAUUACUGAUGCAAGAAGGGAAAAAACUUUAUGAAGAACUAAAGAGUUUCACUAACAAUGUCAGGUUUGGUGUUGGAAGUUUUAUUGAAAAAUCGGCGCUACCAUAUGCUGAUCCAGACUAUCAUUUGGCAUACUCAUUCAAGAAUCAUUUAUCAUUAACCGAUGAAAUAGAACAAUUUGUUGAUAUUCUUGCUUCUGUACCAUUUGGAGCCAAUUACGAUGAUCCCGAAGCUGGUCUCGAUGCUUUGAUGCAAGCAAUGACGUGCGACGAAGAAUUGAAAUGGCGAAAAGAUGCCAGGCGCAUAAUAAUCCUCUGCACAGAUAAUACAUAUCACAGCGCAGGCGAUGGGAAAAUGGUGGAUGCUGAUGUAACAAAUGAUAUGAAAUGUCAUCUAAAAAAUAAUUCGUAUGAUGGCCAAUUGACUUUUGACUAUCCAUCAGUCAGUCAAAUAAAUAAAGUCGCUACUGAUGGUAAAUUUAUCAUAAUAUUUGCUGCAGUUAAUGAGGUUCGCGCAGAUUAUAGUGCUCUCGCUAACACAAUCCGUGGAGCAAAGUAUGCAGAAUUAAAGGCUCAAUCCAAUAUUGUUGAAAUUAUAAGAGAUGCAUAUUUGGAAUCCGUGAGAGUCAUGAAGUUAAGUUUGGAUUCGAAUUGGCCAUCAAACGUAAAAUUAUCUUUAGAACCUGACUGUAUAAACACUGAAAACUGCAAAAUUGUUCAUAACAAAAUCUUACAUAUUAAAGCUAAAUUAACAGUUAAAAACUGUUAUGGGGAGAGGCGGCCUUUAUUGAAGAUAGGUCCUUCGAAUCUUAUGGAGAGCCUGUCAAUUAGACUAAAUGUUCUUUGUGAGUGCGAAUGCGAAAAGAAAUCUGUGUUAAAAUCCACACAAUGCAGUUCUAAUGGGUCAUAUCAAUGUGGUGUCUGUAAAUGUUAUGAAGGGAGAUCUGGCAGUAAAUGUCAAUGUUCUGUGGAAGAUACUGGAAUAAGCGAAUCUCAUAAAUGCAAAGCAAAUGAGACAGAUCUUCAAUAUUGCAGCUCGCAUGGAACUUGCAGUUGCGGCAAAUGCGAUUGCAAGGAUGAUUUUUCUGGGACUUUCUGCGAAUUCGAUGACAAAGCAUGCCUUAGAGUCAAUAACCUGCUUUGUGCUGGCCACGGACGCUGUCAUUUAGGGAAGUGCAAUUGCUUUGAAAACUGGAAAGGGCAAGAUUGUAAUUGUCCAGCCGGCAACACUGAUUGUAUUGACCCGUACUCUAAAAAAAUAUGCUCAGGUAACGGCGAAUGCGUUUGUGGCGAGUGCGUUUGCGCAAAAAGAGGAGCCAAGGAAAAAAGCUACGAUGGAGCUUUUUGCGACAGUUGUGAUGAAUGUGCAGACAGACGAUGCAAAGUGCUUGAAACAAUAGUAGAAUGUAACUACUACCACAAAACUAAUUGCAAUAAGGAUAUCCGUGCUGUGGUCGGUAUUGUCAAUAGAACAAAUAUGAACGCAAAGGGUCGACGCGGGGAGUGGUGCAAGAAAACUCUAGAAAAUGGCACCUCGAUUGUUUUCAGGCAUUACUAUGAUAAAAAUGAUCGGAAAUUGCACAUAGUCAUACAGGACCAGUUGGAAGUGCCUCCCGAAGCCGAUGUUUGGGUUCCAGUUGGAAUAGCUAUUGGUACAGUACUGUUGGUCGGCAUACUAACAGUUAUCAUCUGGAAGAUCCUGGUGGACUAUUAUGAUGCCAAAGAAUAUGAUAAAUUCGCCAGAGAAGCGAAAGAGGCAGGUUUUGAAGUCAUGAGAAACCCGUUUUAUGUGGAUCCCAGUAUUGAGUUUGCGAAUCCUACAUUUCAGCAGUGAUUUAACUUAAUGCUUAUAUAUAGAAACCUUGAGAUUUAAUGUAAUUUGCUAU